AAUUCAAAUGUCAGUGGUCCACAAACCGCUCGCAGUCCUCAGCCUGCCUGUAAGCAAUCUGCACGAGGUUACCAAAAUAAGCAGGUCUGUUGUCAGCAGCCUUCUGAAGGCUCUGAGACACUCUGAAAAUACCAGGGGUCUAAAAAAGGAAGGUUAAAACCCCUCCUUCAAACAGAAUAAUAGUUGUUGAUCAACAGCAGCCUCAGUAUUGCGUCAUUUUCAGAGCUGUGCCAUUGCUGUGGAUGGGAUGCUCUUCUCUGGAGGCAGCAGGACUCAGUAAACACUUCCCCCAAAGCUGGUGAAAAAAUAGGAAUGAAAGAGCCCUUGGUACUGUUUUUAACUGUUUAACUGUGGGAAAGUAGCUUCUUCAGCACAAUGGUAUAAUUGAGUUCUCAGCUCUGGUCUCAUCUUGAGUGAAAGGACAAAAGGCAUGAUAGAAAACAGAGUGCAGCCAAAGAUUAAAAAAAAAAAAAGAAGAGGGCAGAUGAAGGGAUUUCUGUUUACAGAAGAACAAGUAGGGAGCCUGUUUUCCAGUUUCUCUUGCGGGAUUCAGUGCGUGAGUUGGUUAGUCAAGCUUGAAGGAGAGUUGGGCACAGCUGUCUUCUUUGCCUUCCUUGUUAAACUGGUUCUGGCAAUAGCUGCAACAGAAUUGGAAAUGGGUCAGAUAACACGUUUCUCAUCAGAUGUCAAGUCUGGAAUCUGGUUUGACCUUAGACAAAUUAACUGAAAAAAAUUCCUAGUCUGGAUAGCAUCUUGUCAGCAGAAUUUCUCUCUCUUGAGUAUGCCUGGAUUUUCUCUGAUAAAAAACAAUUAGUACAAAUCACCUGGCUUUAUGUGUAUUUCAUUAUUUUUCAUAAGUGCUUUAGGUGGUGAUAACUAGUGAUUCUGGAAGGAUGAGAAGUGUCUGCAUUAUUUAUUAAGAAAAUGUGUUCCUUUCUGUUGUGAUAUUUAUAAAAUUUGCUUCUACAGCAUCUGUUAUUGGUAGAAGAAAGGAUGAUAAAUUUGAAGUCACACAGUCAGUGGUAUGAAGUGAGAUAUUCUUUAGGAUAACAUUUGGGCUUGUGGCUUCUGUACUUCAUAAAUUUUUUUUUUAGGGAGCAGUCUAGAUGGAAUUAUAGCUUCAGGGAACACAUAUUGGAUUACAAGUUUUCUUGAAUCAAGCAGCCGGAAAAAUUGAUUACAGAUUUAUCAGUGUCAUCUCAUUUUGUUACAAGUUGGUUUUAUUCUGUCUUGUAAGAGAGGAAAAUCUUUGUGUGCAAAAGACAUAAAAUUAAAGGCUGUAGCCUGAUGUCUUAAAAUAUCUUAUGUGCACAUUAAUUUGAAGAUAAUCUGUCCCUAGACAAAACAGUUUUUCAAUUUGCUAUGAAGUUUGGGUAGAGAAGAUGAGGAAUGAGAUAUGACUGCUGAGAUGUAGCAACACAGAGUAAAAGAUUUUCAACAGGAGCUCAUUGUAAAACAAACAGGAAUAAAAAGAAGCAGUCUUAUAAAAUGCAGCAGCAGCAAGAGAGAUUGCAAAAAAGGAAGUGUUUUCAGACAGCAGUAUCCUGAUGGGCAGAAAGGGACUUCCUCUCUGUUGUUUUAUGGCUGCCAAGAGUUUUCCUAAGAAAUUAUAAGCAUAUUAUAUAGUAUUAAGACAUCUAACACUGAUUGUGCCUCUAAAAUCAAUUGGACUUCCAGUUUCCACUUCAAAUAUUGAUGGUCUCAAAAGUGCAUUUGGAUCCAAGACAUCUUCCAUCACAGAACAAAUCAGGAGCCUCCUCUCCUAUCUCAGAGCAAUACAGACAGCUUAAUAUCAUAUGACCUCAUUUCUCCAUAUUAAAUGAAAAAAGAAUUUUCACUAGCUUUCCAUGAAGCUCAGCUGCUGCCUGUUAAUUUUGACUGUUAGUGCUGAUCUUUCAGUUGGAUUCACAGUGGAAAAUGUAGCUUUUAACAGGACAGUUGCUUUUGGGUCUUUCAAUGCAUCACUUCAUGCAGUGUCUCAAGCUUUAAUAAGUUCUCCAGCACACCAUGAUAUCAUAGCCAAAGAGGGGACCAGUAUUUUAAUUGAAUGUAAACUGAACAUCAGCCAGUAUGAACAUAUCCUUUGGUAUAACUCCAGGGGACACCUACUUGAACAGCAAGAUGGUGACCGGUGGAGGAUUGCUGAUAAUUCCCUUAACAUCACAAAGGUCAACUUUGCUGACCGGGGCCGAUACACGUGUGCAGGCAUUAACCAUAAUGAGACCUUGUAUUACACAGUCACUCUGAGGGUUACCUUCACCUCAGGAGACAUGAGUAUCUACUACAUGAUUGUGUGCCUCGUUGCCUUUGCCAUCACCCUCAUUUUGAACAUAACCCGUCUGUGCAUGAUGAGCAGCCACCUCCGCAAGACAGAGAAGGCGAUCAAUGAGUUCUUCAGGACGGAAGGGGCUGAGAAGCUUCAGAAGGCUUUUGAGAUAGCCAAGCGUAUCCCUAUCAUCACAUCUGCCAAAACGCUGGAGCUGGCCAAAGUCACUCAGUUUAAGACCAUGGAGUUUGCUCGGUACAUCGAAGAGCUUGCCAGAAGCAUUCCCCUUCCACCUCUGAUCCUCAACUGCAGGGCGUUCAUGGAGGAGAUCUUCGAGGCCGUGCGGGUGGACGACCCCGAUGAGGUCAGCAAGGAGGACAAAGAGUCCCAAGGCUGCGGCGCCCAGGCUGCCAUAUUCCCCAUCAACCCCGAGAUGAAGCGCAGCGACUCCCCAGCUGGGGAUUCCGACGAUGGUUCCGUGAGCGAGCAGGGCCAGGAGAUCGCCGUGCAGGUGUCCAUCCACCCGCAGUCCGAGGUGCAGAGCAUCGACACCGUGUCCCACGACAGCUGCCAGUUUGCGCCUUCUGAGGAGGGCACCUGCUGAGUCCUACAUUCCAAAGGGGGGUGAAGGAAGCUGGGGUGACCCAAAGAUACUGUGAGAAAGGGGUCUGCAAACAAGCUGCCUCAGUCCCACGUGCACAACAGUUUUCCAAAUUGCAAGGUGCCAGAACUAGUUCUGAAAUCUGUAUUUCCUGUCAGUGUUGAUCUAACGAUUUAAGGCUGUUAGAAGAGGCCACUUGGAAUAUUGUGUGGGGGCUUUUAUUUUUAAAGCAGGCUUGCUGUACUUAACAGAGUUACAAAACAGGAAUUCUUUGUCCUUGUCUCCUUGGUAGCUUCUGAUACUUCUGAUCAGUGUUAGAAGUGGCCAAGCUGAGCAGUACAACUUGCAAUAAGGUCUUUUCCUUUGUGAAUUAUUUCUUUCUUCACAAAGUUGAGCCGAAAUUCCCUUGAGUCGGUGUUGUUGUCCUGAUGAUUCGAGUUGUGUGCUCUUUUUGAGUUGCCUCUUGGUGUGUGCAGCCCAUCAGAACCGCGGUGAGCUUGAACAAAUCUGUUUCGUGUCGCGUGCUUCUAUGUUGCUAUCAAAAUGUACUGUACUUAGGAAAAGUACCAGGAUCUGCUGCUGGAUUAAACAAAUUUUGCUGUAGUUUCAAAGCAGCUUGGAGAACAACCAGGGGGUCUCAGUUUUCCAUGCACCUGCAGGAAACUUGUACAUACUCUAGAAGCUUGUUGCUUAAACUUGGUGCUGAUGCCAAAGCGCCUUACCCUGGUUCUGUCCCGCAGAAUGGAGCAGUAACAGCACUGCCAGCACUGCCUGGCUUUUGACUUUGCUUUGAUUUCACUCACUAUAGAAAAAUCCAAAGUUUUAUAUUGUAUUUGACAUUGUUGUGAGAAGUGAACGACAGUAAUAACACAGUGGCAUAACUAAUGAAUAAACUCAUCUACAGACAGGUGUCUCAGGCACUUCUUUCUGAGCGUUAUGGUUUCUGAGCAUUAUAGGAAAGCAGGUAAAAAGUAGUGACACUUGCUCUGCUCUGGCUAGCACUGUCAGGAGGCAGUGGCAGAGAGAUUGGCUGGUGGAGGGGCUGGCAAACAGCUCAGCCAGACCCUGUUUACGGUGUGGAGUUUACAGGGUGGAGCCCAGCCUUAUCCACUGAAGAGGGUGACAGAAGGGAGAGGUGCAGGUGCUGACAUAACACACAAGUACUUCACCCAGGAUCUCCCACGUGGCUUCCGCAGCUGUAGAGGUCCAGCCUCCAGGAAUGGGAGGGCACACAAGAAUCUAAUUUCUUCUUUCACUCUUUGGUGCUGAUUUUUUUUUUUCUCCUUAACACUUGUAAGUUGCAUCAUUUAAAUAGCAUUUUCUAUCCUGUUGAGAUUUAGUAGAUGUAAAGCUUGUAAGCACUCCACAAAUUAAUUUCUUACAACUACUGGAAGCAUAUUGCCAUAUAAUUUUAACAACUUGGCAAUAGGAGCGCCAUUUAAUUUCCCACAACUCUUUUUUCUUUCCUUAUUAUUACAGAAAUGUCAGUUGAACAAGUGAUUCUGGACGGCUGCUCAGGAUUCUUAAGAGGAUUUGACGUUAGAUUUACAUGAGUAGAGGUAGAAAACAAGCAGGCACUGUGGUAAUAGCAGGGUGGGGCCAUCUGUGGUAAUUCAUGCUCUGAACAAAUUAUAGUUAUCAUAUCAGAGAGGGGGAAAUGACAGCAUCUGUUACCAUUUUAAACUACCUUCUGGGGAAAGUCCUGCAGUCAGCCACCAGUAAAUGUACCCUAGUUGCCUUUGGCCUGUGGGGUAAAAGUGGUUUUUGUCAGGAAGGAAGGAAAUUGGUAGCCUUGGUUAUAGUAGCAUUCCCACCGGCUUGGUGCCAUUUCCCGGAUUGUAGCAAACUUUAUCUGCUUCAGGGGAAUAAAGCCUUCUGUAGACACUUAGAGUAGCUACUGCCCUCAACAGUAACUUCUUUUUUUGCUUCCAUAGUUUGAUGGCACUUUAUGUCCAGGUGAAAAGUUUGUAUAGUUUUGUGUAAGCAUUUGGUUUCUUUAAGUUCUUCGAGGCGAUCAGUGUUAAAAACACUCUGUGAAUAAAUACCUAGUUUUCUCAGAAGCCCUGCUAAGAUGCUACUGGCUUCACUUCUGUACUGCAAUGAGUUCUGCAGGUUUGUUGCACAUGUGUGGGUGUAGAUUUGGGGGUUUGCACCCUCUAGGGUGUCCUACUCAAAAGACAUGAAGACUACAAGAGAUUGAUUUGUUUGAAUCUCCUUUGUGCCAGAGGCCAUCAGAAUUGUACCUGCACCUGCCUUAUUUCCCAUAAACAGCUCUCCCUGCUUCUGUGGAACUGUUGCAUGAUAUGCAGCAGUAGCACAUUGGAUAUUUAGCCCCAAACUACACACACACAAUGAGAGAUGCCACUACAAAAUCUAAGGUCCAUUUAACUGCUUCCUAAGAAGCAGUUAUGAUUGACAGAUGUCUCAUCAGAAGUGGCAGCCGAAUGGCACUGGAGGUGUGUCAGAUGGGUGUCAGGAGAGCAGUUUCUAGAUUAAUUUGAUCCGUUCUUUGAUUUUUAUAGUUUACAUAGCUCCAAGUUCUUACUAAGCACAGUUACCUGGUGUCUUUGUGUGUCCUGUUGCUGAUGGAGAGGAAUAAAGGUGCAUAAAGGUCCUCAGAAAUGCAGUUGCAGUGUCAAUUGCUGGAUAGCAAAGCUCAUUAAAUUAAUUUCAUUCCUGGGAAAGGGGGUUAGAAAGAGAUUUCACUAUAUCAGGAGUACUUACUGCAUGUAGGAACUGAUCCUCCCACUGAAUUCAAUUAGAGCAUAUUUGGAGCUCUGGUGUAUUUUACAGGAUUUUUAUGCAUCUGAAGCAGGGACGAUGGUGAUGUUAUACAGUAAAAGUGAUUUCCAGAGAAUGCAAUUUGACACUGGUUUCCAAAGAACUUGUGAACUAUUCUUGUUAUCCAGAGAGUAGAUAUGUGCACUUAAAUUUCUUUGAUGAAUCUGAUUGAACAUUAACGUUGAAAGUGUUUCUCUCUUAACUUUUUGUAGGAUGAGGAGAGUCUGCUGUAGUUUCCUUGCUUUAAACUAAAGUCUUUGACAAUCACAAGGCUAUUUUUUUUCUCUUCUUUGUGACUUACUUUUAUUUUAAAUAACAUAAACUCUACUUGUUAUCCAAGAGUAACUAAAACUAACUUUGUAGUGAUUAUUUGUAUUACCUGGAUUGUAAUGUAACUGUUUGAUGUAACCACGUAGGAUUUCAUACUUUCAUAAAAUGAAUUGGUAGAUUUUCAAAAUAAAUUAAAAA